UCAUGUCGUGUUUGGGCGGGGCUUCAGCUUUGAGGGCGCCUGGCAGCAGAGCCCCGCCAGCGGGAGAGAAACAGAGCCGCUCCCGGUCAGCACCGCUUCUCACAAAUGAGGACUAAACAGGGUUACGGGAACCGGAGAGAAGAGCGCACUGUGUCUUUAAACCGGCUCGGUGUGAAAAGUUCAAGCGAGCAGCACUGCGUAAAGAGGAGAGCGCUGCGCGGGUUACGAGCCGUCGGAGGAACCGAAGGCAGAAGGCAGCAGAUGGCCGGAGAAAGCGGGGGGAGAAAACGGCUCCCCAAGAGGCCAGUUCACGGCGGAGGAGGAGAAGAGAAAUUAACAGGGAAUUUGAGCGAUAGUGUGAAAACUGAGGCCGGACUGAUGGCGCCUAAAGAGCCGCGAGGGAAGGAGAACAGUGCGGGGAAAUCAAACCCUGCAGCGGGGAAGGGGAAGAUGAAGAUGGAGGACGCGGCGGUGAGCGGAGCCGCCGCGCAGACGGACCUCAGUGUUUUCUUCGAUGAGGACAGUAACCACAUUUUCCCUGUGGAGCAGUUCUUUGGGAAUCUGGACUCAGUUCAGGACUUCUCACGCAAAGCCACAUCCACAGAAGGCAUGAGCAGACGAGAGUACAGGAGACGUCAUUACUACGCCAAAGAGGACAGUGAUGAAGAGCAGACAUGACAGACACACACACAGUGGCUGAGUAAUACUCUGAUGCAUCCACUGUAAGUGUUUUCUUUAAAACAGUGUUUUACUAGGGUUUUGUAUUGUUUUAUAUAUUCACUAACCCAACCUGGCAAAAAGUUCCCUUUUAUAGCAUUUUGCUAUUUCUGUGAGAGACUUCUGUGUGAGCUCAGUUAUGAUUGUAACAGAAUUAUGAGGCUACGAAAAAGGUUAAAUCAGAGAAGUACUCAUAAUGUAAUUAGAAUCAGUUGUUUUUUUUCCCCCCAGUUUUAUCCAAAGUCUUUCAACAAACCAGUGUGUCUACAACUUUCCGUUUACUAACAAAGUGACUCAAGGCCUUGAGAGUGAACGUGUUGGAAAUACAUGACAUUGCAAAAACAGAUUAGAAAACUCGAUGCCUUGUUCUAUUUUUGUAAAAGGAGUAAAUGUAAAUGUUUUAAUGACAUUUAUUGUUAACAUGAGUAGUUUUGGGUAAACAAGGCAAAUAUACAAACUGCUAUUGCAUCAUGUGAUCUGUGUUUGUGCAGACAGACAGCUGCGCGAUAAGGGAAACUUGCUGGAGCAGUUUUACAGUCCAGCAGUUUUACACUAGGCUAUUCAUUUUUUUUAUGCAUUCUGUGACGUCAACCAUGGUAAACACGUUUUAACAUGGACAAGAGGUUAAUUUUACUAAUUUUUACAGAAAUUUCCAGUGAAAUUUCAUUUAAGUGCCUCAGUCUGACUUUUUUUUAACUCCAAAGGAAGAUGAUCUUUUUUUGUUAUUGUUUCUGUUUCACAUGGUGCAUUUUUGAUAGUCUCGGAAAAGCUAAAUAAGAAUGAACACUUGUCAUGGAGGCCUGAUGCCUCUUUUAUGUAAUGGAUAAUAUAAUGCAGAUGGUUUAUUGUUUGGAUUUUUGGCCUAAUGACACCUGUCCCCUUUAUAUCUGUUAACCUCUCAAAGGUUUUGAUGUGUAUAUAGUAAGACUUCUAAAGGUUGAUUAUAUUACCAGCAUUAAUUAUAUUGGAAAUCUGCAGUUGCCAAGAGAUCAUUUGUAUAGUUUUUAAUGAAACAUUUGCACUAACUUUAUAUUCAAAGGCUUAACAUUAAUUUAUUUUAUAUUGGCAUGUCUGUAUAAAUUGUAAGACAUAAAACAUUUAGCUAGUUUUGGUGUAUGACUAUAGAUAUUUGUAUAUUUUUGUAUUAAAAUGAAAAGUGCUACUUUUGCUAACAAAUACUUUGUAAGAUGGUCAUAUUUAAUGUUAAACAAUCAGUGUUUUAUUCUAUUUACACUUUGCAAACAUACAUUUUUGGCAAAGCUACAGUAACUCCAUCCAGACAAAAUAAACAUGUACAGAGUUCAAACGUG